UAUUAUCCUCAAAAUACUGAGUCAAGUGCUGGCAGUUCUCUCUAGGAAGGCGUUAUGCUGAUGGUGAUUGAGACCAAAGCUUUAUGCUUGGGGGAUUUCAAAAGAGCAAGGCAUACUGAAACUGGGAACUUGUCUGCGCCUGCAUGGUGAGCUCCCCUGCCUCAACACCUUUCAUGUGUCUGGUUUCAGAGUCUGUCGAUGACCUGCUUGACGACCUCCUGGGAUAUGAGGACGACGAAAGCCCCGUGACUUUUACAAGAAGUUUCCGUCCGGCCAGGGGCAGCAGUGGGAGAGCCCGGGGCACCAGCUCAGUGGCCAACCAGAACGAUUGCCCGGGAAGGCGAGUUACUGGUGAUGCCUUUGGGAACUGAGAGCCCAGAGCCUGAAGCUUUGUAGUGAGAGCUGGGUGUGCCCAGCCCUGUACAUCUCCUGUACAUGUGCCUUAAGAGAGUUGUUUGCUGAACUGCAGCAGUCCCAGCACUCCCAUCUUUUAUGCUGGUGCUAUUUUCACCUCCUUUUCUGCUGCACGACAUGGCUGCCGCGGUGUGCCCGUGCGGUGCCCUCCGCCUGCUGCCACCCAACCUGGCUGUCCCCAACGUGCCCUGGCCAAGCUCACAGGUGCUGCUGCUG